AUGUCAUCCUACAACGACACGGGCUACAACAGCACUUUCUUCGAGGAGAAAGCGGAGCCGACUAGGACCAAGAACGUUAGCUUCUACACGCCAUUGAUAUAUGUGUCCAUAUUGAUUGUCUCGCUGAUGACCUUCGCCAACAACUACCGCAAGAAAAAGUGGGAGGAGCGGUCGCGGCUGCCAAGUAUCUUCAGUGAGCACGCGGCGCGGGACCUGUACUUCGAGGUAAAGGAGCUGAGCGAGCGCGAGAAGGUGCACGAGAAGGUCCUGAAGGCCGCGCUGCUGAACCGCGGCGCGGAGGCCGUUCGGCGGACCAUCAAGCUGAAGGAGUUCGCGCCGCACGUGGAGGUGCUGUACAAGAACGGGUCGGUCGGUGAUGACUACUGGCAGCGGUACCAGAACGAGGUCAAGCUGGUGGACUACGAGUUCAAAAUGUGCAUCCAGGAGGCCGAGAGCCUGCAGCCGGGCUGGCCGCAGCUGUUCGUGACCGUGGCGAAGGAGAUAUGCUUUAACCAGGCGCUGCAGCGGAGAUACGACGCGAUCCUCAAGCGGAAGGAAGAGCAGGCCGCGCGCUGGGAGCUGAAGCUCGACGAGAACGGACGUCUGGUGGAACCGGUCGCGUGA